AUGUCCUCCUCGCCACCCCAGGGCGAUUCGCCUUCACCUCCUCCCGCGCCCUACUCCGCUCCCCCAGGACAUCCUGAAAUAACUGUCGAUGGGCAACGUGUCCUUUCUCAACUCGAGAACACCGCAACACUUGGACGUGUGUCGUCAAAGUCGAGUGACGUUCCGACAAUCGCUCAAGGAUUGGCCACCAUUCAGCUUGGACCUGCCAACUUGUUGAGCCCCCUUGGUCAUCGCACCACGAGAGAUGUUGCCGAGGACGUUGAUCAUGGACCAGGUCACACCAGCGAUGCCAAGUCGGUAUCCUCGGGACAUUCGUCGAAGGUUGGAUUCAGGAAACGCUUGUCGCGAUUCCUCAAUGGCGACCCCAAAGUCAAAGAGACUGCUCCCGCCUCGGCAGCCUCAUCAGCGCCUGUUACGCUCGUUGGAACUGAGAGUCGUAUCCAGUCUGGGCCACCUGACCGUGACGCCGUGCCUGUCUCGUUGGGACUGCACUCACCAGCACCUUCCGCUAAAAUGUUGUCCACGUCACUCAUUGUCCCAGCUACCCAGCCGCAGCCGAGUCCUGCUGCGAGUAGAACCCUCCGCGUAGACAUCUUCCCCGAAAAUGUUAUCAAACCCAUCUAUAAGACCGACUUACCCAAGCCGCAUGCUCGUGUUGACAGGACCCCGCAGCUUGUCUACUGUUACAGUCUCCUCUCCAAGGCUCAAGAACCGUUGCAACCAACCACGGACAGUGAUGUCUCUCAGGAUUACCUCCUCGACGACAAGGAUAAAGGAUGGGUUCAGCUUAUUGAUCCCGUCUUGCAGGACCGAUAUCGAUGGCUUGUCGAGCAAUUGGUCAGAGUGUUCUCUGACAACCCACUCAAGACAUCUGAUGUGGUCGCCGAGAUCGUUCUUGUUGGUCCCGUCCUUGACCGCGAAACCUACCGCAGCCUGCUCUCAUGCUUCAUCUCUAAGUUUGAGCAGACAACAGCGCUGGAUGUCACUCUGCUCCAAGGUCUUGUGCAACUGGUCGAGUGCGCCUCAUCUGGAUACCUUGUUGACGAUGAUCUAGUCAGGAUCGCCACUGUCCUCUCCAAGGAGCUGUCAAUUACCCAUAUUGGCACGAGUGACCAUCCUUUGUAUCUGACACUGUCGCUCGCUCGAGUCCUCGAUGUGAUGGUGACUGGCAAGAUUAAGGACUUGAACCGUGAACGAGACCAUCAGCCGAUGCUGCAGCUCCUGAACAGUCUGAAGGACAGCGACAAUGCCGUUCAGAAGUACGAAGCAACCUACGCCUACCAGGCCCUCCAAUAUGCACCCGACGAUGAGACUCCACUCCAAGUGCUGUGGAGAUAUGCCAAGGUUGCAGCGGCAGGUACAGGUGCAGUGUCGAGUGUUUUCAAGUUGGAUCCAGAGGGGCUCCUCAAUGGCAUCGAGAGUCUUCAAGAGAUCGGUGCGGGGGUUGCGGGAGCAGUUAGCACAGGAAUUGAAGUUGUUGAGAGCCUUCGUGUUGGUGCUGAUGGGGCCAUCCGCGCAUCAGAGAGCAAGUUCGACUUUAUGAUGAAGCGCUCGUGGUAUCUCGCUCUGCAAGGAACGGCCCUCUUCAUCCGCCAGGGACGACUUUCAGACUUUAACCUAGUCGUCAGCCAGGCGCCUUGCCGCAACAAUCCCAACUUUCAGUGGGGGAUCUGCCGCCAGGUCGGAGAGAUUGCAGUCGACCCGCUCUGGGAUGUUCAUGUCCGCCAACAGGCCGUCGACUUUCUGGGUGAGCUGUACAGAGGCGAACCGCAUGUCGAUGUCAAACGCUGGGUCCUCACCAUCCUCAUCCAGAUCUCGGGGAUGUCGGAUAUCUCUAUCAAGAAUCGCGCUGUUGCUUUGCUGCUGGACCUGAAGAAUGGCGACAUCGUCGAGUAUCUUGGCUGUUACCCCCUGAACAGACGCCUCCUUCUGCCUUCAACCUCCCCGCUUCUUGCUAAGGUCCAAGGAAUCCCAAAACUCGAGUACGACCUUCACGUAUUGAGAUUGAUGAGGAUUGCCGACUAUAACCAGGCGGUUUACAUCGACCCCAUGGCCAAACCUAACCUCCAAGACAUGGAUGACAAUCUGUUCCCUCUCAUGGACAAGGUCAAGGACUUUCUUGCCAGCGACACUCAGGUCAUGCUUGUUCUUGGCGACUCGGGAGCGGGAAAAUCGACAUUCAAUCGACACCUGGAACACGAGCUCUGGCAGGAGUACAAGGCAGGAGGCCGCAUCCCGCUUUUCGUCAACUUACCAUCCCUCGAGCGACCAGAGAAGGAUUUGGUUGCAGAGCAAUUGAGGACCUACAACUUUUUGGAGGACCAGAUCCGUGAACUGAAGCUGCACCGCCUGUUCACAUUGAUCUGUGAUGGAUACGACGAGAGCCAGCUUACAUCCAAUCUGCAUACCACCAACUUCUUCAACCGAUCUGGGCAGUGGGACGUCAAGUUACUCAUCACCUGUCGCACGCAGUAUCUCGGACCGGCCUAUCGGAGUCGGUUUGAGCCCAAGGCGAUAGACCAGUACACUCGUGUCGCCAACGAUCUUUUCCAACAAGCCGUCAUCACCCCAUUCACCAGGGAGCAAAUCGAAGACUAUGUAGAGCAUUAUGUUCCUCUCGAGCCGCGCACCUGGGUCAAGAAGGACUACAUGGACAAGCUAGAGGCUAUCCCCAAUCUGAUGGAUCUAGUCAAGAACCCGUUCCUCCUUACGCUGUCACUGGAGGCCCUUCCUACGGUCGUGCAAGGAAAAGCCGACCUCUCUAGGCUUCGGAUCACUCGUGCGGAGCUGUACGACACUUUUGUGAUGCACUGGAUGGCUGUCAACAAGCGCCGUAUGGAGGAUCAAAGGCUGGACAGGGAGGACCAGGUGGCUUUCGAGGAAUUGUUGGAGGCCGGAUUCGAGCAGAGUGGGGUCAAGUUUCAACAGGAUCUGGCAGCUGCGAUUUUUGUACAUCAGGAGGGCAGACCUGUUGUUGACUAUAUCAACAAACACGACAAAUGUUCCUGGAAAGCGGCGUUUUUCAGCAUGGACUGCGAGACGAGUCUUCUCCGUGGCGCCAGUCUUCUCAGCCGAGCCGGCACGCAGUACCGCUUUGUCCAUCGCUCCAUCUUGGAGUACUUUUUCGCCUGCACCAUCUCUGGGCCCACCAAAGAACAUGAUGAAUUUGAUCCGCCUGUCCAUUCCGAUACCCCCGCCAUACCACCCACCAUUAGCACACAUCCAUUGUCCCAGAAGGACCUUGUCGUAGAGCCCUCGAUCAUCCAGUUUCUGGCGGAGCGCGUGCAACUGGAUUCUGGAUUCAAGGACGAGCUCCUCGCCAUCAUUGAGCAGUCCAAGACCGACGACCAAGCAGCUCGAGCCGCUGCGAACGCCAUCACGAUCUUGAUUAAGGCAGGGGUACGAUUCAACGGAGCCGAUCUUCGGGGUAUUCGAGUUCCUGGAGCGGACAUGUCUGGUGGAGAGUUCGACUCUGCACAACUGCAGGAGGCUGACUUGACAGAUGUGAACCUCACCAAAAGCUGGAUUCGUCAGGCGGACUUCACCAAGGCGCAGAUGGAGAGAGUUCAAUUUGGAGAGUUACCGUACCUGAAGGAUGAUGAUGCGGUGUACUCGUGCGCCUAUUCUCCUGACGGAACAUCGCUUGCUGCAGGUCAUUCCGAAGGAGGCAUCAACAUUUACGACACCUCUACAUGGACAACGACUCACACUUUUGAAGGGCAUCGAGGCAUUAUUAGGAGCCUUGCCUAUUCGCCAACGAGUCUUCAACUUCUUUCAGGCAGCGGCGAUAGUACAGUACGAUUGUGGGACUGCGAGAGUGGAUCGUGCAUUUUUGUGCUGGAGCAUACCGGCGGAGUGUUGACUGUGGCAUUUUCACCCUCUGGCAAGCAGGUCACAUCGGGUGGAAUGGACGGGACUGUGAGGCUAUGGGAUGUUCAGACAGGCGCCAAUCUAUUCAACUUGACCGUUCAUACUGAGUGGGUUCAUAGCAUCUCUUACUCACCCGAUGGACAUGCGGUUGUGUCUGUUAGCGACGAUAGGAUGAUCCGGUUCAUUGACACACAGACUGGACAGCCAGUAGAAGUCUGGAAGAGUCAAAGUAGUGGGAUGACAAGGGUCGCAUACUCUCCUGGAGGUCUAGAGAUUGCCGUGGGGCAUGGCUAUGGCGAGUUACAGCUCUAUGAUACAACUACCGGCAAGCCAACGAGGAAUUGGAAGGCUCAUGACGAAUCAGUCACAGGUGUGAUCUUUUCGCCGAACAGCCAAUGGAUCGCCACAUGCGGUCGGGACUACACGGUGAAGGUCUGGAGCGCAGCAACAGGAUCGGUCCUCUCUGUCUUUACCGGUCAUAAUGCUUCUGUCUGCCAAGUAGCCUUUUCGCCAAACGGACUCCAACUUGCCUCAUGUAGUAUGGACGGCACCAUUCGACUCUGGGACGUGAGCUCGUUGGGUACAGGUAUGGACGUGGAGGGCGGAUCGGACCCGUUGACGAGCGUACUCUUUUCUCCAGACGGUCGACUUCUCUUCUGUGGUUCCAAGUCGGGAGCUGUGCGGCAGUUUGAUGCAAGAUCUGGAGAGUCUGGUCCUUUCGUUGUUUACGGAGACAAGCCUGUCGAGUGCCUAGCGGUCUCCCCUGAUGGUCUUCGAAUCGCGUCAGUUGGAACGUACGACGAAUUCGUCACUGUGUGGAACAUUGGAACAGGUCAAGCCGACGUUGUCUUGCGCGGUCACACAGGAGACGUGAUCGCCGUGGCUUUUUCAGCCGACAGCUGCUGGAUCGCCACGGGCAGUUACGACAAGACAGUGCGACUUUGGGACUCUCGCUCAGGGAUACUUGACCGCGUGUUUGAAGGCCAUACCAGUCAUGUUUUUUGUUUGGUAUUCUCGCCGUACAGCCAUGAAAUUUUGUCGGGAGGUCGGGAUGGAACUAUUCGAGCCUGGGAUUUGGACAGUUGUGAGUGUAGAGUUGUUGUGGAUGCUGGCGAUGGUAUAGGACUUUGGGCAAUAUCAACUUCACCCAAUGGCUUGAGGGUUGCUUCUAUAACCAAACAGAUCGUUGUUGUUGCUGCUGUUGACCUUUGGGGCAGGGAUAUCUGCCAUCACCUACAAAGUCUAGAGCGCGACCCCGACAGCGUACAAAGCUUUGCAUUUUCGUCCUGUGGGCGAUGGGUAGGCGUGGGCUAUUGGGGUUCGGUUCGGCUCUGGAAUUUCGUCGCUGACACAUCGGCGGAAGGAGGAGGAGGAGAAGGUGGGGAGUGGAAGUGUUCGGUGCGUAUCCGAGAUAUCUUUGGAAAUGUCAACAGCAUUGCUUGGAAACCUGACACGCUGGAGUUUAGUAUCGGAUGCAAGAAUGGGUCUCUUCAAGUGUGGAGACUGGUGGAGACGUCGUCGUCGUCGGAUGCAUGGUCGGCUCAGUUGGUUUGGAGCACUGGAAAUCUUGUUCUAGCUGCCUCGGAUGUCGUUUUUGCCGACGCUGUUGGUCUCUCUUCGAACAAUCAUCAAUUGCUCACUCAACGUUGCAAGGGUGCUGCUGCUUAA